GUCCCCCAUCAGCAGCUUGCCAACCCUCUUCGACCAGACCGUGUCCUGCAGCAGCAGCGGGCAGCUGGAGAAUGUUCCCCAGGCCACCCCGAACAUCGAGCAGCUCCUGGAGAAGCAGGGCAAUGGAGAAGCCGGCGUAAACAUUGUAGAGAUGCUCAAAGCCCUGCACUCGCUGCAGAAGGAGAACCAGCGGCUCCAGGAGCAGAUCAUGACGCUGACGGCCAAGAAGGAGCGUCUGCAGCUCCUCAACGUCCAGCUCUCUGUCCCCUUCCCCGUGGUGACCAGCAGCAACGGCCCAGGCAGCCAGGCCCAGUACAUCCUUCCUCCCAACGUCUGCAACAACGAUUCCUUGAGCAUCACCAAGAGCCCCCCCUGCAAGAACAGCUUUGGGAUCGAGAACUCUCUCUCCACGUCCUCUGAGGACCCUCAUUCAGGUUGCCCCAGCAGGAGCAGCUCCUCCCUGUCCUUCCACAGCACUCCUCCGCCCCUGCCCAUGCUGCAGCAGAGUCCUGCCUCGCUACCCCUACCCGGGGUGCAGCAGGUGAAUGGCCUGGCCAGGGUGGCAGGCAGCGGGCUGGGGGGAGGCACCAGUGCCGGCCACAGCCUCUCCACGGUGCCCAUGGUGGACGGCCUGAUGGGGACCCUGGCAGGAGGCCCGCAGAUGCCCAUCAACGGGAUCCUGGGGAAUCUGAACGGAGCUCAGGCCCAGCCUCCGAGCGCGCUGACGCAGGCGAGCGGGCCUCCGACCCUGCAGCUCUCCACCAGCCUGAGCAGCGUGCCCAGCCUGAGUCCCCUGACGGAGCAGCAGCGGCACGUCUUGCACCAGCACGAGCAGCAGCUCCAGCAGCUUCAGCAGCUCCCGACUUCCCGACAGCUUCAGCAGCUCCUGACUUCCCAGCCGCUUAAUCCGGAGCAGCAGGCCCUGGUGUUCCAGAUGAUGCAGCAGAUCCAGCAGAAGCGGGAGCUGCAGCGGCUGCAGAUGAGCAGCUCGUCCCAGCUCUCCAUGAGCAGCCUCCUGGCAGCCACCUCCGCCCCCCUGCACUCCAGCACCAGCGCCCUGAUGACCUCGGCCCCGCAGCCGCCCCCCAGCAGCAGCUCCCUCCUGGCCUCCCUCUCCCCGCAGCAGCUCAACCCCAGCAGCGCCCUCCUGGCUCCCCAGGCCACUCCACCGCUCAGCGCUCCCGGGAGCGGCCUCCUGGCUUCGGGGACGGGCAUGGCACCCGUCCUCACAGCACAGACUAACCCGUUUCUCAACCUGCAGGCUGAUGGCAACACCCCAAAAGGAACGAGCAUGAAUGAGAAGGGAGCUCCUCUUACGCAGGACAAGGGCUAA